AUUUUAGACCUCCGAGAGCUUGCAUAUUUACCCCACUGAGCCUGACUGACCUUGCCAUUUGGUGGUGUGAGGAAGCUGGAACCACGAACAGCGGAGAGACGAGGCAAAGGGAGAAACUGUCUGGUUUGAUAAGCAAGUAGCGUUUGAAGAUAAGACUCCAGAAAGCAGGAUUAUUUAAACAGAAGAAGACUGAGCUAAGCAGAAGGUUUCAGGAGAGAAGCAAGGAGGGGGUGGGGGACUUAGUAGGAGCAGCGGCCAUCGGUGGUGAGAGGCAGCCAGGCUGAGCUGACUCUUCCCCAGAGGAGGAGUUGCAGUUGCCGGCCAGGGCAGGUCCCGGUGCUGGCAGGGCUGGCCCUACUGCUUCUCCACCUCCAUUCCUUCCUCCCCUCUCACUCCUCCUCCAUUUAACUAUCACCCAAACUGCUGAGCAGUGAUGGAAUUGCGAGCUGAGCUCCUAAGCAACUAAGGAAUGCUUAGAAAAUCUUAACAAUUAAACUUUUCUGCCUCUAGUAAGGGGGCGGGGGGAACUAGUGGGUCACCGCUGGAAAGACUUCUUAUCCUUUUAUCUUAUCUGUGUUAUUGCACUCACUGGUUGAGUGCACUGAGAAGACAAAGGAAGUUCUUUUUUUUUUGUGUAGAUAUUUUUUUCUUCAUUUUUGUUUUUAUUUUGUAAACCGGAACAGUGGCAACGUUUUCAGUAGCACGGUGCAAGGACCAGCUCCACUCACCCAAGAUGAGCCGCUGGCUGAAAUGCACCUCCAUGCACUUUAACACAGACUGGAACAAGUACGAUGAUCGGUUGAUGAAGGCGGUGGAACGUGGCGAGGUGGACAAGGUUGCCACUGUUCUUGGCAAGAAGGGCAUCAUUCCCACCAAACUCGACGUGGAGGGACGCUCUGCGUUUCAUCUGGCAGCCACGCAAGGACAGCUUGAAUGUCUCAAUCUCAUGCUGGGACACAAUGUCGACAUCACUGCAAAAGAUGCCUCUGGAAAAAGCGCUCUUCAUAUGGCUUCAAAGUACGGAAAUUCUCUGUGUGUGCAGAAACUCCUGCAGCACAACUGUCCAGUCGGAAACAUGGACCUACAAGGACGCACUGCUCUACAUGAUGCCGUGAUGGCGGGCUGCACCUCCAGCGUGAAGCUUCUUUGUGACAACGGGGCUUCUGUGAACAUCUCUGAUUUUGAUGGCAGGACUCCUCUGAUUCUGGCCACACAGAUGUGUCACCCCCACAUAUGUCAGCUGCUGCUGGAGCGAGGAGCCGAUUUCAAUGUCCGAGACAAACAAAACAAGACAGCUCUGAUUUUGGGCUGCGAGUUCGGCUGCAAGGAUGCCGUGGAGGUGUUAUUGAAGACCGGCACUGAUGUGAAAGCAGUCGACAACAUGGGUCACGAUGCAUUUCACUACGCUCGCCUCAGCAACAAGCCAGAGCUCACUGCAAUGAUCAAAAGUCACCUUGAGAAGGCCAACAGAGAAAAAGAAGCUGCAAAGAUUGAACAGUGGAAGCGGCAGCUUUCAGUGGACAGAUCGGAUGCGGUGGAAUCUAACAGAAAGGAUCAGAUCAUAUUUGAUCUGGAGAGGCAGAACGAGGCUCUUCAGGAAGGCCUCAGAAAGUACCACCUGGAGCAGAAACUUAUGACAGAUAAGGUCAACAUGCUGCAACAUCAACUCAUGCAGGGGAAAAAAGCAGUGGAAGAUUCUCAAAAAGAGAAAGAGCAGUUGAAGGCGUUAUUCAGUGGCAAAGACAAAGAGGAAGGAGGUCGCAGUCCGGAGACUGUCAGAGUUCAGCUCCGGAGUGCUUUGGGGGAGUAUCCAGGCCAGUCUACUAUCAAAGGAAAAGAAAGCAUUUUAGUCAAGCAAAGUCUGGAUUUCGACCAGAUGCCACAGAACCGUCCUGCUUCCAGACAACUCCAGAGGAGCCAAACUGCAGGAGGCUGGGACCUCCCCGAAGUGGAAUCCCUUCGACUCGAACUCGACACGUUGCAGAGAAAACUGCAGACCGCAGAAGAAGAGAAGAGUCCGCUUCAGACAGCGCUGAACCAGAAGAGCCGCGAGUGCCAAGAGCUCGCUCAGAGCCGAGACGCCAUCCAGAAGCGGGCCGACCAACAGGUCCAGGAGCUGGAGGACGCUUUGGGCGACGUCCAGAAGCGGAUGCUAGACUCCGAGUGUAAAGUCAAGCAGCUGCAGGCUCACGUUGUCGCCGUGAAGGGACACUUAGGGGGCCAGGCGACAGAAGAACUGCGCGCACAGCUGCAGGACAUGAAGGCCAAAUACGAAGGCGCUUCGGCUGAAGUUGGUCGGGUUCGCAACCGCCUGAAGCAGAGUGAGAAAGCCUUGGAGGAAUACAAGAGCAGCGAGAGCCAGCUGGCCGCUGAGAUGGAGCAGCUCAACCAGGAGCUGGCAGCGCAGGCAGCGGAGAGAGACGAGCUGAGCAAAACCCUCUUAACGAUGGAAAGCCUCCUGAACAACACCGUCGCGGCCGAGAAGUUUGACAACAUGAAGAACCUGCUGACCAACGCGGUGGACGAGAAGGAGCGGCAGCUCGCCGAGCUGAGAGAGGACUACGACCGCGUGUUGGAGGAAAUGGCUGAGCUCCACCGGAAACUGGAUUCCCCGUCGUCCGCAGAGGAGCAUCAGAGGAUCGUUUCCGCCCUGGAAGAACAGAACGCAACUCUGAAACAGAAGCUGAUGGAUGUGACGGCAAAAAGCCAAAUCCUUAUCAAAGAGGUGGAGAAGAGCGGAGAGGAGCGAGAUCUGCUGAGAAAGCAGCUGAACCAGCUCAACAGCAGGAUGGAGAAUGAAUUCAUAGCCAUAAAGGAUCACGAGGCAAUUCGGAACGACAUGGCUGCGGCUCUAGAGGAGCUGAAGGACAAACUUGUGGAGGCCGGCGAACGAUACGGAAAAGCAGAGGGUCAGCUGCAACAGGUUCAGGCCGAGAAGGCCGCGUUGCAGGAGACCAUGCAGGGCGGCAGCAAGAUGAAUCAGAGGGAGCUGAACGCGCUGAAGGCUCAUAACGGCGAACUGAUAAAGAAACUCCAACUUGUGCAGAAGAGAUGCGAAGACGGGGAGAAAGAACGGGAAGAGCUGACGGAGCAGAAGCAGGCUCUGAAACGGAGCGUGGAGGAGCAGUUUGUUUCCAGGGAACAGCUUGAGAAGGUGAAGAUGGAGUUGAACUCCACCUUGGAAAGUGUUAAAGCUGACAAGUUGAAGUUGGAGGCCAAGCUAAAAGAAAGUACGGAAGAGCUGAAGAAUGUGAAAGAAGGAAAUGAAAAGUUGAAAGAGCAGUUGGAAAAAGUGACGUCGGAGAUGAAGAGAGAGUGCAUAAGUAUGAAAGAGCACAGAGGUGUCACAGACAAACUGAACGCUGCCGUCGUUGAGGCCGAAAACCGAGCAAACCAAGCUUCGGCGCAGCAUGCUCUGGCUCAGGAGGAAGUGGCAAAGCUCAGUCAGGAGCUGGAGGCCCAGAAGACAGAACUAGAUACCAUACAGGAAGCUAUUCAGUCCAAGUUUAUCCCACUGACGGCAGCCGAGGAGAAGGAAACCACCUACAGCUCUCGGGUGAAGGAGCUGGAGCAGAAACUGGCAGAAACAGAGGAAAAGUAUCACAGAGAGAGAUCUGUCUGGGAAAGCAUGAAACAGGAGAAACUUAAACUUGAAACGGAAUUCGUCCAGCAGAGACUGGACUCUGCUAUGGUUAGCACCAAAAAACACAAACAAGUUGAGGAAGAGUUCAAGGCUAAACUCGAGGCGCUGGCGCAGAAGUCGGCCAGCUUGGAGGAGCAACUCCAGGAGGCGACGCUGCAGAAAACUGAACUGCAAGACCAGAACGCCCUCUGCAACACUCAGAUCCAGAACCUGCAGGAGCAGCUGAAGUCCAAGCUGACGCGGAUAGCGACCUAUGACACGGAGCAGACGGCGCUCCACGACGCCGCGCAGCAAGCUCAGGUCGACUGCAAGAAGGCGAGAGAGGCUCAGCAGGAGGAAGCGCAAAGAGUCGCCGUCCUCCAGAAGGAACUUCAGGAGCAGCGCAGGGAACAAACGUCACUGCUGCAACGGCACGAGGCCGAGGUCGCCAAACUCCAAGCGACACUCCGCGAAGAGGAGGAGAGCAACGCCCAGAGGGCUGAAGACGUGCGCACCCUGCAGUCGGAGCUGCUGCGAGCCACGCAGGCGCUGGAGGACGUCCGCCACAAGGAUGAGCAGGUGAACGAGCUGAAGAAGGUGAAGCUGCAGCUGGAGGACGACGUUGUCGGCCUGGGCGACAAGCUGCUGAGUUUGACGCAGGAGUUUCAGAAGGCCCACCUGGAGGAGCGGCAAGCCAGAGAGGGCGAGAGCAGGGCCAGGGCCGAAAUGGCGGCCGUCGAGAUGGCGAGCCGGGGUGUCGAGAGGGAAAUCGGGGAACUGAGGGAGCGGUACGAUGAUUCGCUCAGCACCAUCUCCAAUCUGCAGAAGAGGAUUCAGGCAUCGGCUCAACAAACUGAAGCCAAAGACAAGAAGAUCACAGAGUUACUGACUGACGUGGAGCGACUGAAGCAGGCGCUCAACGGUUUAUCUCAGCUGACGUACACAAGCAACACACCAAACAAGAGACAGACACAGCAAGUGGACGCCCUGCAGGCCCAGAUCAUGAGUCUACAGCAGCAGCUGGCUGAUGCUGAGAGGAAGCACAGAGAGGUGGUUUCCAUUUAUCGGAUUCAUCUUCUCAGGGCAGCACAGGGUCACAUGGAUGAGGACGUCCAGGCCGUUUUACUACAGAUCCUCCGUAUGAGAGAGGAAUUCGUCUGUUGAAGUUUCCAAAACAAAAACCGACAAAAAACUGCCUUCUCCAAUUUACUAAUCUAUCUUUUUCUAAUAUAUCUAUUAAGAGAAACAAGCAAUGAUUUCCAAUUGGUUUUCUUCUGAAAUCUGUUUGUCUGUAGUAUCUCUGCACCUUGAUUCUUGGAUAUUUAAAUCUGAAAACUGUCGCUGCAGAUUAGGAGCAAACAACUUUUGCAGGUACAAACGUGUGUUGCUGUCGAACUCAAGAUGUGUUUUCUUUGAAUUACCUAAAGAAACAUCUCAGUUCCAGCUUUAAAUUCAGUUUUCUUUUUUGCCAUGGUUCACUUUUGUAAAAUCUUUUGGAAUAGAACCAGUAGCUUUACCCCAUUUAGUUCGGUAAUGUGGAAGUUAUUUGAAAUGUGGGUUUGUUUAGUUGUUUUCUUCUCUCUUUUUUCUUCUUCAUGACACACUCCUAAAUGCUCAGCUGAAAUGAAAACUGGACAUGAACACAAGACCACUUUCACAUUCCCACCUGACAGUCGACACUGCAGAAAGUUUUCAUUGUUUAUUGAAGUGUUGCUACAAAAACAAUUUAAGGACAGGUUCAUAUUUUAAUUAUCUUCUAAUGUUGCUGUAAUUAUUCCUUCUGAUUGUAAGCCACUCAGAAAAUAUUAAGAUAUGCAAACUUUGUUCUACAGUGAAACCUUAAACUGUGUCUCACAUGAACGAAGUCGGAAACUCUGGAUUUAAAAUAGGUAUGAAUUUCAGUUUUGGCUAUUUGUGCAACGACAGAAAAUGUUUAAAAUGUUGGAGUUAUUUUUAAAACCUUGAAUGAAAUGUUUUGAUGUAAUAUUUCAAUUUUAACCUCCUGAUUGUUUCUUUUCAGAAAAGAUGCAUAUAUUUAUUGCUCUCAGUGUAACUUCUGGGUUCAUAUGGUGAAAUCCUCAAAUUUUUGGAUAAGUGUGGAAUCUGCUUUAAUUGUAAGGUGUGGAUAAGUAAAUCACGAGAAAGGAAAUGAGUGUGGCAAAAUUUCUUAAUUUCAAGACUUCACUCCUGAUUAAGCUGAUACAAGAUAAAUGUGAAUCAAAAAAGCCCCUGUGUGUUAGAUUCAUAUUAAAAAUUAAAGGCUUUUUAAAUUUCCUUUAUUACGUUCAACAUUUUAGUUAUCAGUAGUUUGGUAUUCAACACGCUGAGCAAUAAAUACACACUCAUACAAAAUAAAAAAUGAUGUAAUUUCAACACUUUAAUACUCCCAAAUAACCUUAAAUAAGCUCUUUAAACUUGUUUAGUUGCUUAAAGCAUUAACAGUACUUUUGUUAAUCCAGGUCAAAUUUAAAAGUGCUGGAGACUAGAACUGGAAGCACUAAACUGAACUAAAAGAACUACCUGGAAAUAUCAGAAAUUGAAGUCUGCAACAUUAGAGUUCUUAUAUGAUCCUUGUAAUGGUGGAAAAUGUCUUAAUUCGAAGCCACUUCUUAGUUAUCACAGAGAAUACAAAAUUUUUUAUCAGCAUGAAAUUCUGCAUCUUCCAUGGAUCCAGAAGGAAUAGCAACUUGUUUCAAAUCAGAACUCACAGGCCUGUGACAUUUUAAAAGUGUGAAUCUGUCCUUUAACCUGUUUAACGUCUGUCGCUACAUUUAAUCGACUUCCUGUGAAUCAGACUCAAUUUUAUGACGCCGCUUAACCAGUUCUGAAGGUCCAAACUCAAAAGACUACAGUCAGUCAGAGGUCGAUUUGCAGCCGUUUGUGUCCAUCAGUCGGAUUACAUGAGGCUGUGCGCCGAUGAUGCCGGGUUGGAGUCUGUGCAGAUCUGCUGUUUCCGAAGGUUUGCAGUGAAAAGUUCACUUUUUUUGUUGAAACCAGAGCUCCCUCUAGUGGUACGACUUGGCAGGCCAAGUCGAUAGACGACGUAACCAUUGUAUCUCAGGGGUAUUCAGUUGUUUUUCAAAGCUCCCAAGUUCUGCAUGCUUAAAUUUAAGUAGAAUGAGAAUAAUUUUAAUAUUUAAAAUGAAAAUGUAAAACUAAUGCAUAACCACAUUAAUCCUAUUUCUUGGAAAAAAAAAGGAAAAAAACUAAAUCUUGUCUUUUAUCUAACUCCUGCUGCAGUGAACUCAGAAGCUGCCUUAAAGCAACAGGUACCCCUGAGCCAGCUUUGUGUGACUACUGAUGCCGCUGUGUUGUGCUGUUUGAUUUUGGAGCAAGUCUCUUUUUGCCUUUACACUGAUAUGUUUUUCAUGGCUUUGUACUACUUUAAUUACUUUACGACAGUCUGACGAAUCGGAUAAUUCAGCAGGUCUGGAAGUAGAGCGGCACAAACAUGUUCAGAGGAAAAUCUGACCAUUUAAGAAGCAAAAUAGUGCAUUUAUUUAUGUAGAGAAACCCUCCUAUUAGCAGUAACUUGAAACACUCCUGUCUUCAGUUUGGAAAGUGAUGGUAGGUGUGUGGUGUUCUGCAGGUUUGAAGGUCUAACGCUAAUAUUUUGGGAUAUGUUUCGACUACAAACUGAACCCAUGUCUGCAGAACUCUACUGUCCAACCGUUGUGGUAAAACUGGAUGAUGUUUAUCUUCAAUAACACUUUCUGUUUGUUGAACAUUCAUACGUCAAUAAAAGUGCCUAACAUAGAAAACUA